CAGAAGGUUUAAUUUCACGUACAGUUGGCUUCUGUUUGUGAUACUUCUACAUUUUCUCAGAUAGCUUUUUCUUUUUCCCUGUUGACUCACAGUUGAGUGAAAAACACAAAUUGCUAAAACUUGAUGAAAAAAUAGUUUUUAUUGUAUCAGGAGUUGAGGACGACAUGAAGCCAGAGGCUCAAAGUACAAAAUGCAAACAUUGGGUCCUCUACAGAGAUAUUACUGAUGCCUGCCUCCUAAUCUGGGUGUGGCCCUCAGGGCUGGAUACGAUUUUAGAGCGGAGAGGUCAGAGACCAGGGCUUCUCCGCCUAAAACUGGCCUUCUAGGGUGGGAGUGGUAGGCGGGAGCCUAGGACCAGACUCCUGGACUAAGCCUGGGAUCGUGGCUAAGGACAUGGGUCUCACUGGAGGUCAGCGCAGCAAGCGCCGAUGUCCGCAGAGGCGAGAACAGGACGCUCUCCUCCCCUGGCCAGAAAUGCGGCUCCAGGUUGUCAGGGCUGGGAGGGGGGCCCGGGAUGGGAAGCGGGGAGAUAGGGCGGUAGGACCCGGCGGGAGCUUCCUUGGCCAGGAAGGGAACGGGGCGGGGGGAAAAGAGGGAGGGAGAGAGAAAAAGAGAAGGUGAUCGCGAGCGGGCGUCAGCACUCGCCGCGCCGCACGAGUUGCACUGCUCUGGCGGACCGGACCUGGACUCUAUAUAAGGAGCCCAUCUGCUCCGUAGCUCGCACGCUCCUCCCGGGCUGGCGCACGCCGCGUCCCUCCAGCUUCCCCAGACACCUGCCCCUUCCCCGUGUGCCGCGCCAGGUCCUCCAGACCCGCGCACCCAGUGGCAUGGCUCCGAGUGGUUCCCGUGGGACCGAGGUGGCGGUGGUGGCCGCGCGGCCCGAGCAGCCGCAACUCCAGCCCCAUUGUCCCCCCUUUUAUGGCUCCGUCUCCGCGGGGCCGCUCGUCCGAGUGGUCAGAGAGUGAAAAGAGAGGGAGGGCAGAGCUCCGGCGCGAGGCGCGGCUCAGCGCUGCUCCUAGACUUCACCGCACCCAGCUCUGGCGGCCGCUGCAGCGUCAAAAAAGUGCCCCAGCUUGGGGCGAGGGGCGGGAAUGCAAGAUCGGGACCUCUCGCUGGCCUGCAAGCUUUGGUCUCCACACCUAGGAAACUCCUGUGGGCAAAGUCUGCAGAUCCAAGAGCGUCCAGGUUAGGAGACGCUCAGCCUCAAGCAACUGGGGUAAGCCAGAUCCCAUUUGGUCAAAGCCUUCUCCUCAAGCAGUACUUCACCCUCCGGCACUAGACGCCUCCAGGGAGCUGGAGCGGGGCAGGGCUCGGUGGGCCAGUUCUUAGCAACCCAGGGCUAAGACCCGGUAUGGAGAGGAACAACCACAGACGCGGCGUCUUUGCCAGGCGCUCUGGAAGUGCAGGGGACGCGCCCGCCUGCCUCGGCUGCCGCACCCAUGACCUCUAGUUUCAGCUGUGAACCUGGGCGGAGGAAUAAUUGAGGAACUCACGGAACUAUCAACUGGGGACAAACCUGCGAUUGCCACGGUCCUUCCGCCCUCUCCUUUGUCCGCUCCAUGCAAAAGAGCUGCGCUCUGGGGCUGGGGCGAGGAGAACCAUGGAGGAACCGGGUACUCAGUGCGCUCCACCGCGGCCCGCGGGCUCGGAGACCUGGGCUCCUCAAGCCAACCUAUCCUCUGCUCCCUCCCAAAACUGCAGCACCAAGGACUAUAUUUACCAGGACUCCAUCGCCCUACCCUGGAAAGUACUGCUGGUUAUGCUACUGGCGCUCAUCACCUUGGCCACCACGCUCUCCAAUGCCUUUGUGAUUGCCACAGUGUACCGGACCCGGAAGCUGCACACCCCGGCUAACUACCUGAUCGCCUCUCUGGCGGUCACCGACCUGCUCGUGUCCAUCCUGGUGAUGCCCGUCAGCACCAUGUACACUGUCACCGGCCGCUGGACACUGGGCCAGGUGGUCUGUGACUUCUGGCUGUCGUCGGACAUCACCUGUUGCACUGCCUCCAUCCUGCACCUCUGUGUCAUCGCCCUGGACCGCUACUGGGCAAUCACGGACGCAGUGGAGUACUCAGCUAAAAGGACUCCCAAGAGGGCGGCGGUCAUGAUCGCGCUGGUGUGGGUCUUCUCCAUCUCUAUCUCGCUGCCGCCCUUCUUCUGGCGUCAGGCCAAGGCCGAAGAGGAGGUGUCGGACUGCGUGGUGAACACCGACCACAUCCUCUACACGGUCUACUCCACGGUGGGUGCUUUCUACUUUCCCACCCUGCUCCUCAUCGCCCUCUAUGGCCGCAUCUACGUGGAAGCCCGCUCCCGGAUUUUGAAACAGACGCCCAACAGGACCGGCAAGCGCUUGACCCGAGCCCAGCUGAUAACGGACUCUCCCGGGUCCACGUCCUCGGUCACCUCUAUUAACUCGCGGGUUCCCGACGUGCCCAGCGAAUCCGGGUCUCCUGUGUACGUGAACCAAGUCAAAGUGCGAGUCUCCGACGCCCUGCUGGAAAGGAAGAAACUCAUGGCCGCUAGGGAGCGCAAAGCCACCAAGACCCUGGGGAUCAUUUUGGGAGCCUUUAUUGUGUGUUGGCUGCCCUUCUUCAUCAUAUCCCUAGUGCUGCCUAUCUGCAAAGAUGCCUGCUGGUUCCACCUAGCCAUCUUUGACUUCUUCACCUGGCUGGGCUAUCUCAACUCCCUCAUUAAUCCCAUAAUCUAUACCAUGUCCAAUGAGGACUUUAAACAAGCAUUCCAUAAACUGAUACGUUUUAAGUGCACGAGUUGACUUGCCAAUUGCAGUGGGGUCGCCUAAGCGACCUUUGGGGACCAAGUUGUGUCUGGUUCCACAGACACUACAGCCUUCAGCAACAACCAUUCUGAUCAGUCAGCAGCCAUCAACAUCAAGACAAGACCUUUCACCAGCAAAGAUUUCAACUCUCUGAAGGCUCUGAUGAGUAUUAGCAUUUUUUAGUAAUAAGAUAAUUUUUAAUUAAGAUGUGAGACAAUAAAGAAGAGAUCAGGUACCCAAAU